AUGAAAGUUCUACUUGUUUUUGCCACAUGCCUGACCACAGCUGUAUGCAGCAUUGUAGCCGGUGUUCCAGACUGCCGUGACGUCACAAUCAUUUCGCGUGGAAAAGUAUUGUCGCCUGGUUUAGAAGAAAAGACUUAUUUUGCCAAGACCAAUGGCGGAAAGGAGAUUGCGGUCAAGAUUUAUCAGAAAACGUGUUUUGACAGCAUCGUGCCAUGGCAUCACUACAAACUAAAAGGCAAUAUGCACAGAGACACGCUGCACAUAGUUGACUGCAAAAACAUCUUCGAAAAAACAACCACAAAAAAUCAAUGCUAA